UCCGGCCCCGGCCCCUCGGCGAGCCCGCCUGCCCUGACCGCCCCUGAGCCCGGCGGCGGCGGGUGCGGGCCUCGGCUCCGAGCAGCGGCGGUCCUUCCCUUUCCCCCGGCGCAGGGCCAUGAGCCCUGCAGCCACCUGAGGCGCGGGGGCCGUCGCGCGGCGCCGACCGCGACCCCGAAGUUCUGUGCUCUCUUCUUUGCACUGCAGGCGCCGGCGCCCGGCCCCGGCGGAGGCGUCCUCGGAAGAGCGGCCGGGCAGGCGCCAUGGAAGCGGCGGCGCCGGCGGGCCAGGCCCGGACGGCAGCCACCAAGCUGUCGGAGGCGGUAGGCGCGGCGCUGCAAGAGCCCCGGCGGCAGCGGCGCCUGGUGCUGGUCAUCGUGUGUGUCGCGCUUUUCCUGGACAACAUGCUGUACAUGGUCAUCGUGCCCAUCGUGCCCUACUAUGUCGCCCACAUGCACGGGAGCCCCAACCCGACCACCGAAGUGCGGGUGCCCAUCCUGCCGCCGCCCACUCCGGCCAAUACUAGUGCCGACAUGGUCAACACCUCAGAGUCCCCGACGGCCGCGCGGCCGACCCGGUCUGCCCCGCAGCCCCACGUCCCCACUGAGAGCGAGGACGUGAAGAUCGGGGUGCUCUUUGCCUCCAAGGCCAUCCUGCAACUGCUUGUGAACCCCCUGAGCGGGCCCUUCAUCGACCGCAUGGGCUACGACGUGCCGCUGCUCAUCGGCCUGGGCGUCAUGUUCGCCUCCACCGUGAUGUUUGCCUUCGCAGAGGACUACGCCACGCUUUUCGCCGCCCGCAGCCUGCAGGGCCUGGGCUCGGCCUUCGCGGACACGUCCGGCAUUGCCAUGAUCGCGGACAAGUAUCCCGAAGAGCCCGAGCGCAGUCGCGCGCUGGGCGUGGCGCUGGCCUUCAUCAGCUUCGGAAGCCUGGUGGCGCCACCCUUCGGGGGCCUCCUCCACCAGUUCGCAGGCAAGCAAGGGCCCUUUCUGGUGCUCGCCGCCGUUUCGCUGUUCGACGCUGUGUUGCUGCUGGCGGUGGCCAAGCCCUUCUCGGCCGCGGCGCGAGCGCGAGCCAACCUCCCUGUGGGCACGCCCAUCCACCGCCUCAUGCUGGACCCCUACAUCGCCGUGGUGGCUGGCGCGCUCACCACCUGCAACAUCCCCCUCGCCUUCCUGGAGCCCACCAUCGCCACGUGGAUGAAGCGCACGAUGGCAGCGUCCGAGUGGGAGGUGGGCAUGGCCUGGCUGCCGGCCUUCGUGCCACACGUGCUAGGCGUCUACCUCACCGUGAGACUGGCGGCGCGCUACCCACACCUGCAGUGGCUUUACGGCGCACUGGGGCUGGCAGUGAUCGGCGCCAGCUCGUGCGUAGUGCCCGCCUGCCGGUCCUUUGCACCGCUAGCGAUCUCGCUCUGCGGCCUCUGCUUCGGCAUUGCGCUGGUGGACACGGCGCUGCUGCCCACGCUCGCCUUCCUGGUGGACGUGCGCCACGUCUCGGUCUACGGCAGCGUCUAUGCCAUCGCCGACAUCUCGUAUUCCGUGGCCUAUGCGCUCGGGCCCAUAGUGGCGGGCCACAUUGUACACUCCCUUGGCUUUGCGCAGCUGAGCCUUGGUAUGGGCCUGGCCAACCUGCUCUACGCGCCCGUCCUGCUGCUGCUGCGCAACGUGGGCCUCCUGACGCGCUCCCGCUCCGAGCGCGAUGUGCUGCUGGAUGAGCCACCGCAGGGUCUGUACGAUGCCGUGCGCCUGCGUGAGCGCCCUGUGUCCGACCCAGACGGCGCGCCUUGCAGCCCGCGUGGCCCCUUUGAGGAGUGUGAGGACGACUACGACUAUUACACCCGCAGCUAG